AUGAGGAAUGGCCGGAUCGGAGUGGGUGUUUUGGUGAGAGAUCAUGAAGGAUGGGUAACGGCUGCAAGAAGUGUCACGAAGUCUGGAUUCCUGGAACCCACUGCAGCUGAGGCCAUGGCUUUCUUUGAAGGAGUUUGGUUUUGUAAGGAUCUGGGCAUUCUCAGUUUAAUAGUGGAAGGUGAUGCUCAGGUAGUAAUCAAUGCCAUUCUGGCAAGGGACCCGACGUGCAGUAAAUUCAGCCAGCUCGUGGACGACACAAGGUCCCUCCUAAGGGAUUUUCCUCGAUGGCAAAUCAGUUAUGUGAGUAGGAAUGCCAAUAACGGGGCCCACAAACUUGCUAAGGAGGCCACAAGACUGAUCAUGGAUUGCAUUUGGAAUUAUUCAAUUCCGGACUGUAUCUCUGAUCUUGUUUCAACUGAGCUUUCUGCUCAUCUUGUCUGA